AUGUUUCGUCCCAAAAAGAAGAAAGAGCUCUCCUUGAUGGAGGAACUCAAAGAGCUCGAGCUGCUAGAAGAGGGAGAGAUGGUCGACAUCCCGGACCUAGAAAACGACGACCUCAUUCAAGAAAACUCUCUUAGCGUGAUUGUACGAUGCCUCAACCCUACUGUACACAAAGUCGGUGGCCUCGUCAAAGCCCUUCCCCCGAUAUGGGGCUUGGAAGAUAGAGUUCAUGGAAGAGGAGUGGGAGCAGACAGAGUCCAGUUCAUCUUCCAAUCGGACAUAGACCUUCACCAUGUACUCACGAGAGGCCCUUGGUUUGUGAAUGGCUGGAUAGUUUCUCUUGACCAAUGGUCACCCUCCCCAUCUCCAGAUUUCCUCCACAAAAUCCUAUUCUGGAUCGGAGUCCGAGGACUCCCCGUCCAUCUCCUAAAGAAGCAAGCCGUCGACAGUCUCAUUGGACCUCUGGGAAAGAUAGAAAAGGUAGAGCUGCACGCCAAGAACUCUACCUCCGUGGAAUACAUUCGAACUCAAGUAUGGAUCAAUACAGAUGAGCCACUCCAGUUCAGGCGUACAGCUCGCUUCAAGUCAGGAGAAGUAAUACCUACUGAGCUGGAAUAUGAGAGACUCAUCAAAGUCUGCUUCCUCUGCAAGCACCUCACGCAUGAUCAAACAAAGUGCCCCUAUCAAGUUCUACCCCAGGAGCAGCAUCAGAACGUCGCCGUACCACGACGAAGCAACCAGACCCAAGGAGGAUCCCUGAGAAAAGACCAACAAGGUGGGCAAAACUCCAAAGCGACAGUAAAAGCUCCCCGAACAACUCACUCUCGAGCAACUCAAUCUCGCGCAACAAGUCGCAGAGAAACAAUACCUGCUGCAGCUCCAUACAGGAAGACGAGCCAGAAAGGGAAGGCUAUCGCUGGAGAAUCAAGAAAAAUAUCCGUGCCUUGCAGUAGAGCUACGUCCCCUCCAGAGGCUAACAGAGAUUUGGUAUCAGUCUUUGAGAGAUUAGGAAAUGCAGAACCUAACUCCCCCUGCAUCGCUGAGCAUGAUAGAACUGCUGAGGCAAGAUCAAGUCACUCCAAGGACUCCUCUAACCACAAAGAAUCUCAAGAAGGACGUUCAAGCAAGGGAAGUAGAAGCCGUCCCUCAGUUUUCGAACGACUCGGAUCACACUCACAGAACACAGCAGAGGGCACAAAGAACCUCAGAGAAGUCCUAUCUUCAAAGAGAAGAAGGCUCAGUAACAGCGGGGACAGGAAAGCAAAGAAGCCUCGAACAGAAACCCAUGAAGCUUCAGUGUUUCAAAGACUAGGCACCAAAGAAAGCGGGUCUGGAGAGAAAUCAGUAGAAGUUCCAGUUCAUUCUGCUCAAGUAGCAGCUACACGCCCUCGCCAUUCUGUCCGUAGGAUAGUAUUGGGGAGCGGUAAAAUCUUGGAAGAAGGGUUGAUGGAUAAUUCCAACCCUUCAAAGUCAAUAUGA